UAUGCCUCCAAGGAAAGUAUAGAAAACGAAAGAGAAAACUACUACGUAUGCAUUUUUCACCUCACACAGCUAGAAUUUAUAAAUCGACAUUUUUUUCGCCUCUAAUUUGCAAAAUUUGGGUGGAACUGGGCAAAGGAGAGUCUGAUGGGGGGAUGGCCACUGCCGCAGCUCUUCUGGGAUGGAUCUAUAUAAUCACAGUUUCGAGGGGCUUGACAAGGAGAUUUUCACCAUGUACAUAUUCUUAGUAACGAGGGUUAUAUUCUAGCUGUGGAGGGUUUGAAAGGUUGUAAAUUGAGGAGACAGAGAUGGAGCAAAAGAAGCUCAAGAUGUGUAAAAUGUCGCCAAUAAAUGCGUUGGACGACGGCUGCCUCAUGCGUAUACUCACUUUCCUCUCGCCUUUGCCCGGAUGAGUUCACUGCAAGUGUUACUAUUACUCUUCUGGGUCUGAGGAAAAUCUUAUAUGGCAUUGCAGAUCGAUAUAAUGCUGCACGAGUUUGUUGUAGGUGGAGGCAUUUAGCUUCAGACCCUCGCAUGUGGUUACGUGUGGAUAAGUCUGGUAGUGCUUUAUGUGAGCCUGGCGUGUUCUCAACAAUUGAAGAUGCAGUUAGUGCUGCAAGGCCUGGAGAUACCAUAUUGAUCGAUGCUGGAGCAGUCCAUUGGGCCUAUAAUAUUCAAAUAAACAAGCCUCUUUGCCUGGUUGGUGGAGGUUCUUCGCCAGAUGAUACUGUGCUUGUUUGCUCACGGGGUUAUGACAGUGCCUUGGAGUUUUUAACCACUGGAAAAAUUGCUAAUCUAACAAUAAAGGCAGAGCUUGGGAGCUGUUUACUUCAUAGGAAUGGACGUCUUACAGUUGAAAGUUGUGUACUACAGUGUGAGGAACAUCCUUUGGAGCACUUGUGCUGUCCAAUUGUGAGCACUGCAGAGGUCCUACCUGCUACACCGAGUAGUGCAUUGGCCUCUAGCAUUAAUGGAGAAAGUUGUGUAUCUGUUAUACAUACUCGAAUUGAAGGUGGUGCAAAAGCAGUUAUAACCAAAGGGAGUCUUUCUCUACAGCAAGUUAGAGUUAUAUACACUCGGACUGCUCUAUUUUUCUGGUUCAAUGUUUCACAGAAACGUCUGACGGAUAUUGAUGUCGUACCAUUUGCAUGCAAAGCUUGAGGGGCCUAUGUAAGUUCUCAAUGCAUUUAUGUUUGCAAUUGUAGAACAUUUCAGGUUAUGUUGCUGUGCAGGAUAUAUUCUGUAGUUCGUACAAUGUUGGUGUUCUCAUUGAAGCUUCUUUUUAACUCAGACCAUGUCAUUGGCAUGGAACAGUUUGAAGAUCAUUUGUAUGUGUGACAAGUUCUUGUAAUCUUUUAUUUAUAGAUUUUAAGAACCAAGUUCAUUUUUAGUUUAUAGGUCUUUCAGCAUUUAUUUAUCUGGGUUGUACCCCAGCUGGUGAGACAGUGAUACACAAUAUAUAUUCUUAACAUGUGGUACCAUUUGCAUGCAAAGCUUGAGUGGCCUAUGUAAUUUCUCAAUGCAUUUAUAUUUGCAAUUGUAGAACAUUUCAGGUUAUGUUGCUGUGGAAGUUAUACUUUGUAGUUAUUACAAUCAGGGUAUUCUCAUGGAAGCUUCUUUUUAACUCA